AAAAAGGCUGGUAACAGAAAAUUCAGCGUCUGUGCGCGAGGUUUGGUCUUAACGUUGAUCCGAUGGUUUGAUUAUUAUGCCUCUGCUAAGUCAGGAGCCUCAUGUUAAUCACGGUCGCCUAGAGGACUUGUACGAUAUACAACAGAAAAUUGGAGAUGGACACUUCGCUGACGUCAAUCUUUGUGUAUGUAAAAGUUCGAACAAAAAAUAUGCGGCCAAGUUUAUAAUGAAGCAACGGAUUAACACAGGGCUUCAUGGAUCAAGCGUUUCUGAUAUAGACCGUGAGGCUUUCAUUUUAGCAAAUUUACAGCAUGAAAAUAUUGUCAAUUUGCAUGAAGUUUUCUAUCGGGAGGAUUCCGUCGUACUCAUUUUGGACUUAGUAACUGGUGGGGAACUGUUUGCACGCGUAGCCGAUUGUGAGCGUUUAUCAGAGGAGGAGGCUUCAAAUUUUGUCCAGCAAAUUCUUUUGGGUGUCCAACAUAUGCAUGGUUUGGGUAUUGUUCACUUGGAUUUGAAGCCUGAGAAUAUAAUGAUCGAAGAUCUGGAAUCCAGAAAGAUAAAAAUUAUUGAUUUUGGCCUAGCUAGAGUGCUAAAUCCAAAUGAAAGCUUUCAAGAUAUGGCAGGAACACCGGAAUUCUGUGCUCCAGAAAUCGUCAAUUUCGAUCCGAUAACUUUUGCAACAGAUAUGUGGGCGGUUGGAGUAUUGACUUACAUUUUAUUGACCGGUAUUUCACCGUUUGCUGGAGAUACACAACUUGAAACAUUUCAAAAUAUUCUCGAUUGUAUUGUUGAUUAUUCAAGAGAGGAAAUACAAAAUGUUAGUGAUCUAGCUAAAGAUUUUAUUCAGAAACUGUUGGUGAAAAAUCCCAGAAAAAGAUCUACGGUUAAUGAAUGUCUUCAACACCCUUGGAUUAAUCCUAAAGACAAUAAACAGUCCAAUUAUCGACGGGAUAGCUUAAUAAGCAAAGAAAAAUUAUCCAGUUUACGACAUUUUAUAGCUAUCAAUCCAAAUGCCAGUGUCUUAUCUCUGAAUAACAAUAAUAACAAUACAGAAGAGCAAGAUAAGUCUCUGUCUUCGCCUACAUCACCAUUAUCUUCUGUUGGCAUAAAUGAUAGGGUACGAUUUUCUUUGCCAGAUAGUUCUGCUAUUAACAAAGUUCAAGAUACAGUGCCAUUAGACAAAAUUACAACUGAAUCAUCUUCAUUGAAUCAAACACUUGAAAAUAAACAGUUUUGUAAAAAACAACCAAAUCAAAACAGGAAUAACAGUAAUAGUGGUAGUAAAAUGAUAAAAAAUGAAAAAGUCACAGUCAUAAACCACAUAUUACAAGCAAAAAAUCUAUCAGCUUUCAAAACAAAUACCAGUGCUUGCUCAACGAAUUCUGGAUCUUCUGUUGUCUCCCAUUUAAACAACUCCCAAAUAUUUAGUCAUCAUUUGAAUAGUAGUAGUAGUAGUAGUAGUAGUAGUAGUAGUAGUAGUAGUAGUAGUAGUAGUAGUAGUAGUAGUAGUAGUAGUAGUAGUAGUAGUAGUAGUAGUAGUAGUAGUAGUAGUAGUAGUAGUAGUAGUAGUAGUAGUAGUAGUAGUAGUAGUAGUAGUAGUAGUAGUAGUAGUAGUAGUAGUAGUAGUAGUAGUAGUAGUAGUAGUAGUAGUAGUAGUAGUAGUAGUAGUAGUAGUAGUAGUAGUAGUAGUAGUAGUAGUAGUAGUAGUAGUAGUAGUAGUAGUAGUAGUAGUAGUAGUAGUAGUAGUAGUAGUAGUAGUAGUAGUAGUAGUAGUAGUAGUAGUAGUAGUAGUAGUAGUAGUAGUAGUAGUAGUAGUAGUAGUAGUAGUAGUAGUAGUAGUAGUAGUAGUAGUAGUAGUAGUAGUAGUAGUAGUAGUAGUAGUAGUAGUAGUAGUAGUAGUAGUAGUAGUAGUAGUAGUAGUAGUAGUAGUAGUAGUAGUAGUAGUAGUAGUAGUAGUAGUAGUAGUUGUAGUAGUAGUAGUAGUAGUAGUAGUAGUAGUAGUAGUAGUAGUAGUAGUAGUAGUAGUAGUAGUAGUAGUAGUAGUAGUAGUAGUAGUAGUAGUAGUAGUAGUAGUAGUAGUAGUAGUAGUAGUAGUAGUAGUAGUAGUAGUAGUAGUAGUAGUAGUAGUAGUAGUAGUAGUAGUAGUAGUAGUAGUAGUAGUAGUAGUAGUAGUAGUAGUAGUAGUAGUAGUAGUAGUAGUAGUAGUAGUAGUAGUAGUAGUAGUAGUAGUAGUAGUAGUAGUAGUAGUAGUAGUAGUAGUAGUAGUAGUAGUAGUAGUAGUAGUAGUAGUAGUAGUAGUAGUAGUAGUAGUAGUAGUAGUAGUAGUAGUAGUAGUAGUAGUAGUAGUAGUAGUAGUAGUAGUAGUAGUAGUAGUAGUAGUAGUAGUAGUAGUAGUAGUAGUAGUAGUAGUAGUAGUAGUAGUAGUAGUAGUAGUAGUAGUAGUAGUAGUAGUAGUAGUAGUAGUAGUAGUAGUAGUAGUAGUAGUAGUAGUAGUAGUAGUAGUAGUAGUAGUAGUAGUAGUAGUAGUAGUAGUAGUAGUAGUAGUAGUAGUAGUAGUAGUAGUAGUAGUAGUAGUAGUAGUAGUAGUAGUAGUAGUAGUAGUAGUAGUAGUAGUAGUAGUAGUAGUAGUAGUAGUAGUAGUAGUAGUAGUAGUAGUAGUAGUAGUAGUAGUAGUAGUAGUAGUAGUAGUAGUAGUAGUAGUAGUAGUAGUAGUAGUAGUAGUAGUAGUAGUAGUAGUAGUAGUAGUAGUAGUAGUAGUAGUAGUAGUAGUAGUAGUAGUAGUAGUAGUAGUAGUAGUAGUAGUAGUAGUAGUAGUAGUAGUAGUAGUAGUAGUAGUAGUAGUAGUAGUAGUAGUAGUAGUAGUAGUAGUAGUAGUAGUAGUAGUAGUAGUAGUAGUAGUAGUAGUAGUAGUAGUAGUAGUAGUAGUAGUAGUAGUAGUAGUAGUAGUAGUAGUAGUAGUAGUAGUAGUAGUAGUAGUAGUAGUAGUAGUAGUAGUAGUAGUAGUAGUAGUAGUAGUAGUAGUAGUAGUAGUAGUAGUAGUAGUAGUAGUAGUAGUAGUAGUAGUAGUAGUAGUAGUAGUAGUAGUAGUAGUAGUAGUAGUAGUAGUAGUAGUAGUAGUAGUAGUAGUAGUAGUAGUAGUAGUAGUAGUAGUAGUAGUAGUAGUAGUAGUAGUAGUAGUAGUAGUAGUAGUAGUAGUAGUAGUAGUAGUAGUAGUAGUAGUAGUAGUAGUAGUAGUAGUAGUAGUAGUAGUAGUAGUAGUAGUAGUAGUAGUAGUAGUAGUAGUAGUAGUAGUAGUAGUAGUAGUAGUAGUAGUAGUAGUAGUAGUAGUAGUAGUAGUAGUAGUAGUAGUAGUAGUAGUAGUAGUAGUAGUAGUAGUAGUAGUAGUAGUAGUAGUAGUAGUAGUAGUAGUAGUAGUAGUAGUAGUAGUAGUAGUAGUAGUAGUAGUAGUAGUAGUAGUAGUAGUAGUAGUAGUAGUAGUAGUAGUAGUAGUAGUAGUAGUAGUAGUAGUAGUAGUAGUAGUAGUAGUAGUAGUAGUAGUAGUAGUAGUAGUAGUAGUAGUAGUAGUAGUAGUAGUAGUAGUAGUAGUAGUAGUAGUAGUAGUAGUAGUAGUAGUAGUAGUAGUAGUAGUAGUAGUAGUAGUAGUAGUAGUAGUAGUAGUAGUAGUAGUAGUAGUAGUAGUAGUAGUAGUAGUAGUAGUAGUAGUAGUAGUAGUAGUAGUAGUAGUAGUAGUAGUAGUAGUAGUAGUAGUAGUAGUAGUAGUAGUAGUAGUAGUAGUAGUAGUAGUAGUAGUAGUAGUAGUAGUAGUAGUAGUAGUAGUAGUAGUAGUAGUAGUAGUAGUAGUAGUAGUAGUAGUAGUAGUAGUAGUAGUAGUAGUAGUAGUAGUAGUAGUAGUAGUAGUAGUAGUAGUAGUAGUAGUAGUAGUAGUAGUAGUAGUAGUAGUAGUAGUAGUAGUAGUAGUAGUAGUAGUAGUAGUAGUAGUAGUAGUAGUAGUAGUAGUAGUAGUAGUAGUAGUAGUAGUAGUAGUAGUAGUAGUAGUAGUAGUAGUAGUAGUAGUAGUAGUAGUAGUAGUAGUAGUAGUAGUAGUAGUAGUAGUAGUAGUAGUAGUAGUAGUAGUAGUAGUAGUAGUAGUAGUAGUAGUAGUAGUAGUAGUAGUAGUAGUAGUAGUAGUAGUAGUAGUAGUAGUAGUAGUAGUAGUAGUAGUAGUAGUAGUAGUAGUAGUAGUAGUAGUAGUAGUAGUAGUAGUAGUAGUAGUAGUAGUAGUAGUAGUAGUAGUAGUAGUAGUAGUAGUAGUAGUAGUAGUAGUAGUAGUAGUAGUAGUAGUAGUAGUAGUAGUAGUAGUAGUAGUAGUAGUAGUAGUAGUAGUAGUAGUAGUAGUAGUAGUAGUAGUAGUAGUAGUAGUAGUAGUAGUAGUAGUAGUAGUAGUAGUAGUAGUAGUAGUAGUAGUAGUAGUAGUAGUAGUAGUAGUAGUAGUAGUAGUAGUAGUAGUAGUAGUAGUAGUAGUAGUAGUAGUAGUAGUAGUAGUAGUAGUAGUAGUAGUAGUAGUAGUAGUAGUAGUAGUAGUAGUAGUAGUAGUAGUAGUAGUAGUAGUAGUAGUAGUAGUAGUAGUAGUAGUAGUAGUAGUAGUAGUAGUAGUAGUAGUAGUAGUAGUAGUAGUAGUAGUAGUAGUAGUAGUAGUAGUAGUAGUAGUAGUAGUAGUAGUAGUAGUAGUAGUAGUAGUAGUAGUAGUAGUAGUAGUAGUAGUAGUAGUAGUAGUAGUAGUAGUAGUAGUAGUAGUAGUAGUAGUAGUAGUAGUAGUAGUAGUAGUAGUAGUAGUAGUAGUAGUAGUAGUAGUAGUAGUAGUAGUAGUAGUAGUAGUAGUAGUAGUAGUAGUAGUAGUAGUAGUAGUAGUAGUAGUAGUAGUAGUAGUAGUAGUAGUAGUAGUAGUAGUAGUAGUAGUAGUAGUAGUAGUAGUAGUAGUAGUAGUAGUAGUAGUAGUAGUAGUAGUAGUAGUAGUAGUAGUAGUAGUAGUAGUAGUAGUAGUAGUAGUAGUAGUAGUAGUAGUAGUAGUAGUAGUAGUAGUAGUAGUAGUAGUAGUAGUAGUAGUAGUAGUAGUAGUAGUAGUAGUAGUAGUAGUAGUAGUAGUAGUAGUAGUAGUAGUAGUAGUAGUAGUAGUAGUAGUAGUAGUAGUAGUAGUAGUAGUAGUAGUAGUAGUAGUAGUAGUAGUAGUAGUAGUAGUAGUAGUAGUAGUAGUAGUAGUAGUAGUAGUAGUAGUAGUAGUAGUAGUAGUAGUAGUAGUAGUAGUAGUAGUAGUAGUAGUAGUAGUAGUAGUAGUAGUAGUAGUAGUAGUAGUAGUAGUAGUAGUAGUAGUAGUAGUAGUAGUAGUAGUAGUAGUAGUAGUAGUAGUAGUAGUAGUAGUAGUAGUAGUAGUAGUAGUAGUAGUAGUAGUAGUAGUAGUAGUAGUAGUAGUAGUAGUAGUAGUAGUAGUAGUAGUAGUAGUAGUAGUAGUAGUAGUAGUAGUAGUAGUAGUAGUAGUAGUAGUAGUAGUAGUAGUAGUAGUAGUAGUAGUAGUAUAGUAUAUAGUAGUAGUAGUAGUAGUAGUAGUAGUAGUAGUAGUAGUAGUAGUAGUAGUAGUAGUAGUAGUAGUAGUAGUAGUAGUAGUAGUAGUAGUAGUAGUAGUAGUAGUAGUAGUAGUAGUAGUAGUAGUAGUAGUAGUAGUAGUAGUAGUAGUAGUAGUAGUAGUAGUAGUAGUAGUAGUAGUAGUAGUAGUAGUAGUAGUAGUAGUAGUAGUAGUAGUAGUAGUAGUAGUAGUAGUAGUAGUAGUAGUAGUAGUAGUAGUAGUAGUAGUAGUAGUAGUAGUAGUAGUAGUAGUAGUAGUAGUAGUAGUAGUAGUAGUAGUAGUAGUAGUAGUAGUAGUAGUAGUAGUAGUAGUAGUAGUAGUAGUAGUAGUAGUAGUAGUAGUAGUAGUAGUAGUAGUAGUAGUAGUAGUAGUAGUAGUAGUAGUAGUAGUAGUAGUAGUAGUAGUAGUAGUAGUAGUAGUAGUAGUAGUAGUAGUAGUAGUAGUAGUAGUAGUAGUAGUAGUAGUAGUAGUAGUAGUAGUAGUAGUAGUAGUAGUAGUAGUAGUAGUAGUAGUAGUAGUAGUAGUAGUAGUAGUAGUAGUAGUAGUAGUAGUAGUAGUAGUAGUAGUAGUAGUAGUAGUAGUAGUAGUAGUAGUAGUAGUAGUAGUAGUAGUAGUAGUAGUAGUAGUAGUAGUAGUAGUAGUAGUAGUAGUAGUAGUAGUAGUAGUAGUAGUAGUAGUAGUAGUAGUAGUAGUAGUAGUAGUAGUAGUAGUAGUAGUAGUAGUAGUAGUAGUAGUAGUAGUAGUAGUAGUAGUAGUAGUAGUAGUAGUAGUAGUAGUAGUAGUAGUAGUAGUAGUAGUAGUAGUAGUAGUAGUAGUAGUAGUAGUAGUAGUAGUAGUAGUAGUAGUAGUAGUAGUAGUAGUAGUAGUAGUAGUAGUAGUAGUAGUAGUAGUAGUAGUAGUAGUAGUAGUAGUAGUAGUAGUAGUAGUAGUAGUAGUAGUAGUAGUAGUAGUAGUAGUAGUAGUAGUAGUAGUAGUAGUAGUAGUAGUAGUAGUAGUAGUAGUAGUAGUAGUAGUAGUAGUAGUAGUAGUAGUAGUAGUAGUAGUAGUAGUAGUAGUAGUAGUAGUAGUAGUAGUAGUAGUAGUAGUAGUAGUAGUAGUAGUAGUAGUAGUAGUAGUAGUAGUAGUAGUAGUAGUAGUAGUAGUAGUAGUAGUAGUAGUAGUAGUAGUAGUAGUAGUAGUAGUAGUAGUAGUAGUAGUAGUAGUAGUAGUAGUAGUAGUAGUAGUAGUAGUAGUAGUAGUAGUAGUAGUAGUAGUAGUAGUAGUAGUAGUAGUAGUAGUAGUAGUAGUAGUAGUAGUAGUAGUAGUAGUAGUAGUAGUAGUAGUAGUAGUAGUAGUAGUAGUAGUAGUAGUAGUAGUAGUAGUAGUAGUAGUAGUAGUAGUAGUAGUAGUAGUAGUAGUAGUAGUAGUAGUAGUAGUAGUAGUAGUAGUAGUAGUAGUAGUAGUAGUAGUAGUAGUAGUAGUAGUAGUAGUAGUAGUAGUAGUAGUAGUAGUAGUAGUAGUAGUAGUAGUAGUAGUAGUAGUAGUAGUAGUAGUAGUAGUAGUAGUAGUAGUAGUAGUAGUAGUAGUAGUAGUAGUAGUAGUAGUAGUAGUAGUAGUAGUAGUAGUAGUAGUAGUAGUAGUAGUAGUAGUAGUAGUAGUAGUAGUAGUAGUAGUAGUAGUAGUAGUAGUAGUAGUAGUAGUAGUAGUAGUAGUAGUAGUAGUAGUAGUAGUAGUAGUAGUAGUAGUAGUAGUAGUAGUAGUAGUAGUAGUAGUAGUAGUAGUAGUAGUAGUAGUAGUAGUAGUAGUAGUAGUAGUAGUAGUAGUAGUAGUAGUAGUAGUAGUAGUAGUAGUAGUAGUAGUAGUAGUAGUAGUAGUAGUAGUAGUAGUAGUAGUAGUAGUAGUAGUAGUAGUAGUAGUAGUAGUAGUAGUAGUAGUAGUAGUAGUAGUAGUAGUAGUAGUAGUAGUAGUAGUAGUAGUAGUAGUAGUAGUAGUAGUAGUAGUAGUAGUAGUAGUAGUAGUAGUAGUAGUAGUAGUAGUAGUAGUAGUAGUAGUAGUAGUAGUAGUAGUAGUAGUAGUAGUAGUAGUAGUAGUAGUAGUAGUAGUAGUAGUAGUAGUAGUAGUAGUAGUAGUAGUAGUAGUAGUAGUAGUAGUAGUAGUAGUAGUAGUAGUAGUAGUAGUAGUAGUAGUAGUAGUAGUAGUAGUAGUAGUAGUAGUAGUAGUAGUAGUAGUAGUAGUAGUAGUAGUAGUAGUAGUAGUAGUAGUAGUAGUAGUAGUAGUAGUAGUAGUAGUAGUAGUAGUAGUAGUAGUAGUAGUAGUAGUAGUAGUAGUAGUAGUAGUAGUAGUAGUAGUAGUAGUAGUAGUAGUAGUAGUAGUAGUAGUAGUAGUAGUAGUAGUAGUAGUAGUAGUAGUAGUAGUAGUAGUAGUAGUAGUAGUAGUAGUAGUAGUAGUAGUAGUAGUAGUAGUAGUAGUAGUAGUAGUAGUAGUAGUAGUAGUAGUAGUAGUAGUAGUAGUAGUAGUAGUAGUAGUAGUAGUAGUAGUAGUAGUAGUAGUAGUAGUAGUAGUAGUAGUAGUAGUAGUAGUAGUAGUAGUAGUAGUAGUAGUAGUAGUAGUAGUAGUAGUAGUAGUAGUAGUAGUAGUAGUAGUAGUAGUAGUAGUAGUAGUAGUAGUAGUAGUAGUAGUAGUAGUAGUAGUAGUAGUAGUAGUAGUAGUAGUAGUAGUAGUAGUAGUAGUAGUAGUAGUAGUAGUAGUAGUAGUAGUAGUAGUAGUAGUAGUAGUAGUAGUAGUAGUAGUAGUAGUAGUAGUAGUAGUAGUAGUAGUAGUAGUAGUAGUAGUAGUAGUAGUAGUAGUAGUAGUAGUAGUAGUAGUAGUAGUAGUAGUAGUAGUAGUAGUAGUAGUAGUAGUAGUAGUAGUAGUAGUAGUAGUAGUAGUAGUAGUAGUAGUAGUAGUAGUAGUAGUAGUAGUAGUAGUAGUAGUAGUAGUAGUAGUAGUAGUAGUAGUAGUAGUAGUAGUAGUAGUAGUAGUAGUAGUAGUAGUAGUAGUAGUAGUAGUAGUAGUAGUAGUAGUAGUAGUAGUAGUAGUAGUAGUAGUAGUAGUAGUAGUAGUAGUAGUAGUAGUAGUAGUAGUAGUAGUAGUAGUAGUAGUAGUAGUAGUAGUAGUAGUAGUAGUAGUAGUAGUAGUAGUAGUAGUAGUAGUAGUAGUAGUAGUAGUAGUAGUAGUAGUAGUAGUAGUAGUAGUAGUAGUAGUAGUAGUAGUAGUAGUAGUAGUAGUAGUAGUAGUAGUAGUAGUAGUAGUAGUAGUAGUAGUAGUAGUAGUAGUAGUAGUAGUAGUAGUAGUAGUAGUAGUAGUAGUAGUAGUAGUAGUAGUAGUAGUAGUAGUAGUAGUAGUAGUAGUAGUAGUAGUAGUAGUAGUAGUAGUAGUAGUAGUAGUAGUAGUAGUAGUAGUAGUAGUAGUAGUAGUAGUAGUAGUAGUAGUAGUAGUAGUAGUAGUAGUAGUAGUAGUAGUAGUAGUAGUAGUAGUAGUAGUAGUAGUAGUAGUAGUAGUAGUAGUAGUAGUAGUAGUAGUAGUAGUAGUAGUAGUAGUAGUAGUAGUAGUAGUAGUAGUAGUAGUAGUAGUAGUAGUAGUAGUAGUAGUAGUAGUAGUAGUAGUAGUAGUAGUAGUAGUAGUAGUAGUAGUAGUAGUAGUAGUAGUAGUAGUAGUAGUAGUAGUAGUAGUAGUAGUAGUAGUAGUAGUAGUAGUAGUAGUAGUAGUAGUAGUAGUAGUAGUAGUAGUAGUAGUAGUAGUAGUAGUAGUAGUAGUAGUAGUAGUAGUAGUAGUAGUAGUAGUAGUAGUAGUAGUAGUAGUAGUAGUAGUAGUAGUAGUAGUAGUAGUAGUAGUAGUAGUAGUAGUAGUAGUAGUAGUAGUAGUAGUAGUAGUAGUAGUAGUAGUAGUAGUAGUAGUAGUAGUAGUAGUAGUAGUAGUAGUAGUAGUAGUAGUAGUAGUAGUAGUAGUAGUAGUAGUAGUAGUAGUAGUAGUAGUAGUAGUAGUAGUAGUAGUAGUAGUAGUAGUAGUAGUAGUAGUAGUAGUAGUAGUAGUAGUAGUAGUAGUAGUAGUAGUAGUAGUAGUAGUAGUAGUAGUAGUAGUAGUAGUAGUAGUAGUAGUAGUAGUAGUAGUAGUAGUAGUAGUAGUAGUAGUAGUAGUAGUAGUAGUAGUAGUAGUAGUAGUAGUAGUAGUAGUAGUAGUAGUAGUAGUAGUAGUAGUAGUAGUAGUAGUAGUAGUAGUAGUAGUAGUAGUAGUAGUAGUAGUAGUAGUAGUAGUAGUAGUAGUAGUAGUAGUAGUAGUAGUAGUAGUAGUAGUAGUAGUAGUAGUAGUAGUAGUAGUAGUAGUAGUAGUAGUAGUAGUAGUAGUAGUAGUAGUAGUAGUAGUAGUAGUAGUAGUAGUAGUAGUAGUAGUAGUAGUAGUAGUAGUAGUAGUAGUAGUAGUAGUAGUAGUAGUAGUAGUAGUAGUAGUAGUAGUAGUAGUAGUAGUAGUAGUAGUAGUAGUAGUAGUAGUAGUAGUAGUAGUAGUAGUAGUAGUAGUAGUAGUAGUAGUAGUAGUAGUAGUAGUAGUAGUAGUAGUAGUAGUAGUAGUAGUAGUAGUAGUAGUAGUAGUAGUAGUAGUAGUAGUAGUAGUAGUAGUAGUAGUAGUAGUAGUAGUAGUAGUAGUAGUAGUAGUAGUAGUAGUAGUAGUAGUAGUAGUAGUAGUAGUAGUAGUAGUAGUAGUAGUAGUAGUAGUAGUAGUAGUAGUAGUAGUAGUAGUAGUAGUAGUAGUAGUAGUAGUAGUAGUAGUAGUAGUAGUAGUAGUAGUAGUAGUAGUAGUAGUAGUAGUAGUAGUAGUAGUAGUAGUAGUAGUAGUAGUAGUAGUAGUAGUAGUAGUAGUAGUAGUAGUAGUAGUAGUAGUAGUAGUAGUAGUAGUAGUAGUAGUAGUAGUAGUAGUAGUAGUAGUAGUAGUAGUAGUAGUAGUAGUAGUAGUAGUAGUAGUAGUAGUAGUAGUAGUAGUAGUAGUAGUAGUAGUAGUAGUAGUAGUAGUAGUAGUAGUAGUAGUAGUAGUAGUAGUAGUAGUAGUAGUAGUAGUAGUAGUAGUAGUAGUAGUAGUAGUAGUAGUAGUAGUAGUAGUAGUAGUAGUAGUAGUAGUAGUAGUAGUAGUAGUAGUAGUAGUAGUAGUAGUAGUAGUAGUAGUAGUAGUAGUAGUAGUAGUAGUAGUAGUAGUAGUAGUAGUAGUAGUAGUAGUAGUAGUAGUAGUAGUAGUAGUAGUAGUAGUAGUAGUAGUAGUAGUAGUAGUAGUAGUAGUAGUAGUAGUAGUAGUAGUAGUAGUAGUAGUAGUAGUAGUAGUAGUAGUAGUAGUAGUAGUAGUAGUAGUAGUAGUAGUAGUAGUAGUAGUAGUAGUAGUAGUAGUAGUAGUAGUAGUAGUAGUAGUAGUAGUAGUAGUAGUAGUAGUAGUAGUAGUAGUAGUAGUAGUAGUAGUAGUAGUAGUAGUAGUAGUAGUAGUAGUAGUAGUAGUAGUAGUAGUAGUAGUAACGCUGAAAAUCUAAAUAAACAAAGAAAUAGUGAUAUCAGCCUGUCAGAUUACUCCAUUCCAAUUGACAGUGUAAAAAAGUUGAAUCCACGCAAUUCACUUUGCGAUACUGUAUCUAAGACUAGUUCUUCCCCAAUUAUUAAUAAAAUCAAUAAUAAUAAUAAUAAUAAUUCGAGUACAAAUAUCAAUUCAAAAGUAUUCAAUGAUUUGACUAAUGACAAAACUUUAUCAGAUUCUACUUCAAAUAAAUCUAUUAAUAAUAGUACUACUGUUAGUGGUAGUUGGCGUGUAAACUUUCAAAAUAAUAUAAUUGGUCGAUUAGGUGCAGCAUUUGCUGCAGCAACUGGACAUGUCACUACUUCAACACAUCAUCAUAUUUUAAAUGAAGUUAAUUCUUCUUGUGAUCACCAGUUACCUCUUCCAGUUAAGCCAACUGGUAGUUCUUCCUCCACUUCCGCUAAUACUACUACCACUGCUACUACUCCUAGCAACAACAAUAAUAUUGCUUCUAAUACUACUGAUACCAUUAUUAAUACUACCAAUAAAAGUUUCAGUUUUGUUCAAGUGACUAAUAAAGAGGUGAUUGCCAAUAAAACUAAUUCAUUGAAAUCUUCAAACGAAACGAAUAUUAAACAAUCCUAUUCAUCUUUCGGUGCUGUUUCUAGAGCAGUUAAAGAAUUAGAAAUUACUGCUAAUCCUUUGAAUACUAAUAAUAACUCCAUAACUACUACCAAUACUACUACUAACAAUAAUGGUAAUAUGGUUGACUUGAAAAUUGUUCGUAGGUUCCAAACAUUAGGAAUGAAUCAACUAACUGAAGCAACAUGUGUUAACCGUCCUUUGAUAAAUGGAUAUCCAAAUGAAAAGCCUAGCUCACAUCGUGGACCAUUAUCUAACUCAUCGAAUAGACUGAUGGUCAGUAAAUUACAAGAAAUAUUUGAAAGUGGCAAUACAAAAUCAUCACCGAGUUGUCAAACUAAUCGGACUAAUAAAACACUUGUGUCUGUUAUUCAUAAUAAUAAUAAUAAUAAUAAUAAUAAUAAUAAUAGCAUACCGGUUAAACUUAACACUACUACUAAUACUACUAACUGUACUACUGCAGUUACAACUACUUCUACCAGUAAACGUCUUUCUAUCAAUUAAUAAAUCAUCCUAACAUGUAUUGUAUCAUUCUCUUCUUUUCCUUUCUGUCCAUUUAAACCCUUUCUUCAUUUAAUCAUAUUAGAAAAUUUUUUUCAUCUUAAUGUGAUCUCUUAUUCUAAAAAAUUUUUGACCUGAUCAUAUUUAGUACAUUUAUGAUGAACACAUUUUUUUGUUGUUGUCCUAUACCAAGUAUUAUUUGUUCCUUUUAUUAAAUAUUAUUAAUAAUAAUAAGAAAGUCAAUGAAAUAGCGCCGUAUCACAAUGUUUGCCACUGUUACUUUUAAUAUUCACCUUCUUUUUUUUCCUUCAAAAAAUCAUGAAAUGAAUUGUAAAAAACAGUGACAUAAUAUCAUGUACAUUAAUUAAUCUUUUACUCAGUGGUUAUCUUUCUUGUUAGUGCCUUUUGUUCAUUAUUUUAAUCUGUUCCUUUAUAUAUAAAACACUUUUUCUUUCUUACAUUAUGUACAUAUUAAUUAUUAUCAUUAUUAUAUAAUAUCACGAGAAAUCUAUUUUUAAACAACAGUACAAAAAAAAAUGUAGCGAGUGAACACACGUAACACAAAAAUAUCUUACGUUAUUUUAUGUUACUAUCGUCUUUAAAUAAUUAUUUCUUCUUUUUAUUAUUAUUAUUAUUAUGUAUAACUCUGUGUUUGUAUGUGUCAUAUGUGUGUACUCUUUUCAUUUACAUAUAAUAUGCUCCAAUUAACUAUCACCAACUUCACUCUACCUCCUCUAUCUUUUUGUGUGCAUGUUUGUUAGUGUGCGUGUGCGUGUACGUGCGUGUAUAUGUGUGUGUAUCCUUUCUUUAAUAUAGCACAUAUGGUGAUCACUUUCUAAUGUUGAUGUUUGUUCGUUUUGUUUUUUGUUUUUUUUGUCCUUAUUUUUAAAAUGUGAUUAUUUGUAAUGAUAAAUGAAUAAUUCACAAUGAAUAGUACUGAUUAUAAAGUGUGUAUUAAAUCUAUCGUACAAUUCUUUUAAUUAUUUUGUUCUAGAUUGUAUAUUUUUCAUCAAUGUCGAACUGUUAUUGUCUUUGUCGUUGUUGUUGUGUUUUUUUUUUCGGUUGUCUUUAAGUUGAUGAAGAAGGAAUGUAUAAGAGACAAUAUUACACUUAUUAGUCUACUCUUCUAAAAUUCUGAUGAGAAAAGAAUUAUUAAUGUAUUCGUCAUAUUUCUUGUUUGUAGAAUAUAAUUAUAU